AUGAAAAAUUUACCAAGUGAAUGUUUACAAAAUAUUUUUUUCUAUAUAGACGAAGAAGAUUUUGAACCAUUACUUUCUGCAUUGUUAGUAAAUCAUCAAUGGUGUAAUAAUAUAAUUCCAAUAUUAUGGAAAAGACCAUUCACUUUGACAAAUAAUACUUUAUCAGAAUCGUCAUUAGCAAAAAUUAUAAAUAUUUAUUUAAAGCUUUUACCUGAUGAAUCGAUUGAUUUAUUAAAUUUAAAAUCGAUUAUCAGUAGUCAAGAAAAUAGCAAGCCAAAGUUUAAUUAUGCUGAACAUCUUAGAGAAUUUGACUUUAAAAAAUUGUAUGAAGGUGUUGGUGAAUGGUGGGAAAAUUUUUACAAAGACCGGAUUGAUUUGGAUAUUGAACUUAUGAAAUUAUCUUUUAAUGAUAAUAAGGUAGAAAAAAAUAAUGAUGACGUUGAAUGGAAUAGGCCUGUACAAAUCAAAUUGUGUGAUAUAGGCAAAUAUAUCAGCAAAAAUAAUCACAAGCUACAGCAACAAGAAGUAGCAGAUGAAAGUUAUGGAGAUUUUGUUGAAGAAAAGAAACAUAUUCCAUUUGAAGAUACUGAAGAAGCUCACAAAAUGAAAAUUAUUCAAGAACUCAUUAAAAUAUUUAUUGCUGAAAGUAAAAGUUUAGAUAAGAUCAACAUUGACACACGAGAUUUUUAUAAAGGAAAAAUACUUAAUAAUUUAUUAAAUGUUUCAAAAAACAUUAAUAAAAUUUGUGUAGCUGAUUCAUAUAAAACAUCAAUUAAACAAUUGAUUUUAUUAAUUAAAUCUCAACAAAAAUUAGAAACAUUAUAUUUUAUAGGAGGAUUUGUUGAUAUUUCAAAUCUUUUAUGGUCAUUGGAAUCUCAAGCAGGAAAUCUUAAAGAGAUUCAGUUAAUAAAUUGUUUUGUUAAAGACAUUAAAUCAAUCAAAGGUAUAACUUCAUGUUCAGACAUGGAAGAAUUAAAAAAGCUCAUAAUCAAAUGUAGUUCACAAUUGGAAGAAAUUAAAUUAAAUUUAGAUUUAUAUUAUUAUGUCAACUUGAUCAAUAUUAUCGCAGAAAAUUGUCCGAAUUUAAAGUUAUUUUCUGCAAAUAUUAAAACAGAUGACACAGUUAAUGAUCUUUUUAAUAUAUUGAUGUCUUGUAGAUUUUUGGAAUCUAUAAUAAUUUUUGGAACUUAUAAAACAACUUUUUUGGAUGUUAGUGAUAUUUUACCUCAAAUGGGUUUAUUAUUGCCACCAACAAUCAAAUCUUUAGAUAUAACUAGAUGGACAUUUCCUAGUGAAAGUUUGGAUUUAUUUUUAAGAAACUGUGAUAUUAAUAUCAAGUUUCAAUAUUUAUCAUGGCAUUGUUAUCUUAAUGCAAAUAAUCAUAUUCUUGUUAUAGAAAAAUAUGCUAAAGAAAGAAAUCUUUCUAUCAAAGAGACUAAGGUUGAUUAUUAUGAAGCUGGAUAUGGGUGGAAUCGAAAUGGAAUAACAUCAAAUAAAGAAAAUAAAACCUAUCAAAACUUUGAACAAGAGAAGAAAUUGUUAGAGGAACUUGUACAACUUACAUUCACAACUGAUAGUAAAUCUAGACAAUUAUGCCUGCAAGUAUUAUUCAGCUUUACUUCUUCAUUAAGAUUAAAUUUUGCUUUCAAUUUAGUUUUACAACAUGAAGUAGAUUAUCAAUCAUUUUUUGAAGAAAAUAUUAUUCCACAACUUGAACAAAAAUCACAUCAAAAUCCUAAUCAAAAAUAUUUAUCAGGAGAUUCACCUGAUAUUUCUACCUGGUGUAAAGGAUAUGGGCUCAUUGAAUAUACA